GUGAGGUGGGAGAGCAGUGUGCUGUCCGCAUGGGCCCUGCCAGCCAGCCAGGCUCCUCCUGCAGACACCAUCACAGACACAUGCACGGCUGGGCACAGUGUCUGGGGUGAAGCAGGUGUUCCCCUGCCUGUGCCCUCGGGUCACCCCUGCCUCUCUGAAGCUGCUCUGGGGCAAGGGACCCUUCCCCUCUGCAUCUCUGCACUGCCCGCUCCUGAAAUCCAGGAAUGGUGUUUAAAUGUCAGCAGAGACUGCUCAGAGAAACUCAUCCUGAAACACUCCUAGAGGGAACGCUCACACAGGGAAACUCAACAUUUAAACAGAGCUCAGAGGAAACAAAUAAUUUAUUCAUUCAUUUAUUGGGUGGGGUUAGAGCUUAGAGCUGUUCCAACUGGAUGGGGCUGUUUUCUCUGGGAAUCCACACAGGAUUUGUGUUUGGGCUGUGUGUUUGCAAUCUUCCAGGACAUAAGAAGGAAAUCUCUGCUUUUAAACAAUGCGUUAUCUGAAAGUCAUAUCCUGCUCUAGGCAGGUUUUACUUAUAUGUUUUAAGGGAAAGGGAAUUUUAUCCUCACACCAAACUGUGGAGGGAGGAUGCCUUAACUUAAAACUAAAAUGUUUGUUGUUUUCCCUGCACAAAUACAUCAAAUCACAGAAUACCCCAAGUUGGAAGGGACCCCAAGGAUCCCCCAGCCCAGCCCCUGCCCUGCACAGACCCCCAACAAUCCCACCCUGGGCAUCCCUGGCAGCGCUGUCCAAAGGCUCCUGGAGCUCUGGCAGCCUCGGGGCUGUGCCCAUCCCUGGGGAGCCUGGGCAGGGCCAGCACCCUCUGGGGAAGAGCCUUUCCCUGAGAUCCCACCCAAACCCCUCUGGCACAGCUCCAGCCGUGCCCUGGGAGCUGUUCCUGUCCCGGAGCCUGGCACACGUGUUCUGUGUUUGAACAGCAGGCGCCCGCUCUGUGUUCCGUGUCCCAGCCGGCGGCCGCUCGGUGUUGCCGGUGCCGCCGUCCCGGGAUGUCGCUGGAUGUCACCUUCCUGGGCACGGGCGCGGCCUUCCCGAGCCCGGCCCGCGGGGCCUCGGCGCUGGUGCUGCGCAGGGCAGGGCAGUGCUGGCUCUUCGACUGCGGCGAGGGGACACAGACACAGCUCAUGAGGAGCCACCUGCGGGCAGCCAAAAUCACCAAGAUUUUCAUCACUCACCUCCACGGCGACCACAUGUUUGGUCUCCCUGGGCUGCUGUGCACGCUGACCCUGCAGAGGAGCCCCGAAGCCAGCGCGGCGCCCAUCGAUAUUUACGGGCCGCUGGGGCUGCGGAGCUUCCUGUGGCGGAGCCUGGAGCUGUCGCACUCGCAGCCCGUGCUGCCCUGCCGCGUGCACGAGCUGGUGCCCACGCAGGACCAGUGCCCCGCCGGGGAAUUCCGCGACUUCUCGGGCCUGGACCGGGGCGCGGCGCUCGCCCAGGCGCCUCCGGGGACGGUCCUGCACCUGGAUGCAGAAACAGACUCGUACCUGCUGCUGGAGGACGAGGAGCUGUCCGUGAGGGCCUUCCGCCUCUUCCACCGCGUGCCCUCCUUCGGCUUCGUCGUGGAGGAGAAGCCGCGGCCCGGGAAGCUCAAAGUGCACUUGCUGCAAGAACUUGGAGUGCCGCCCGGUGCCCUGUACGGGGAGCUGAAGCGCGGCCGCGCCGUGGAGCUGAGCGGCGGCGUGACGGUGCGGCCGCGGGACGUGCUGAGCCCGCCCGUGCCCGGCAGGAAGGUCUGCGUGCUGGGCGACUGCGCGGGGCCCGUGGGGCCGGGCGCGCGGCGCCUCUGCGGCCACGCCGACCUGCUGGUGCACGAGGCCACGCUGGGCGACGGCCAGCAGGACGCGGCGCGCCAGCGCGGGCACAGCACGCCCGGCCUGGCCGCGCGCUUCGCCCUGGAGUGCCGCGCCAGGAGGCUGGUGCUGACCCACUUCAGCCAGCGGUACCAGCGCCGCGGCGACGGCCGCAGCGACAUCGACACCCUCAGGAGGGAGGCCGAGGCCGCGAUGGGCGGCCAGGAGGUGACGCUGGCCGAGGACUUCAUGACCAUCGAGAUACCCAUGAAAAACAAAACCGAGGACUUCGUGACCACAGAGAACCCAAUGAAACAGUGAGAACGAGGACUUUGUUAUGAGAUCCCAAGGAAAAACUGGAAAACGAGGACUUCGUUAUGAGAUCCCAAUGAAACAGUUUAAGACAAGGACUUCAUCGUGAGAUCCCAAUGAAAAACAAAACCGAGGACUUUGUGAUCACAGAGAACCCAAUGAAACAGUGAGAAUGAGGACUUCAUCAUGAGAUCCCAAUGAAACAGUUUAAAACAAGGAAUUCAUCAUGAGAUCCCAAUAAAAAACAAAAACAAGGACUUUGUGACCACAGGGAACCAAAUGAAACAGUAAGAACGAGGACUUCGUCAUGAGAUCCCAAUGAAAAACUGAAAAACGAGGACUUCUUCAUGAGAUCCCAAUUAAACAGUUUAAAACAAUCCCAAUUAAACAGUUUAAAACAAGGACUUCAUUAUGAGAUCCCAGUGAAACAGUGAGAACUGAGGACUUCAUCAUGAGGUCCCAAUGAAACCGUUAAAAAUGAGAACUUUGUGACCAGAGGGAACCCAAUGAAACAAUGAAAAACAAGGACUUUGUGACAACAGAGAUCCCAAUGAAACAGUGGAAAACGAGGGCUUCAUCAUGAGAUCCCAAUGAAACAAUGAGAACUGAGGACUUCAUGACAAGAUCCCAAUGAAAUAGUGAAAACCAAGGACUUUGUGACCACAGAGAUCCCAAUGAAACAACCAAAACCAAGGACUUCAUCAUGAGACCCCAGUGAAACAGUGAAAAACAAGGACUUCAUGACCACAGAGAUCUCAAUGAAAAAGUGAAAACUCAGGACUUCAUGACAAGAUCCCAACUAAAAAAUGAAAACAAAGGACUUUGUGACAAUAGAGAUCCCAAUUAAAAAGUGAGAACUCAGGAUUUGUGACCACAGAGAUCCCAGUGAAACAGUAAAAACCAAAGACUUCAUAACAAGAUCCCAGCUGAGCAGUGAAAAUGUUUGUGACCACAGAGUGGGUGUGACUGGGGGCAUUGCCGGGCUCAGUGCAGGAGCUCUUCUCGUGCCACACCUGCAGAUGAAGUUUGCUCAUAAAUAAAGAGAGUUCAGGCUUCCUGUCAGAAGGGAAUUCACGGUUUGAUCCAUUAACGCUCUGGAGCACCGGCACUGCAUUUUCACGCCCAGUAACGUUCGGGAAGCACGCUCUGGAAGCCUCCAGGAGGGUGGCAAUGCUCCUCAUUAAACUGUCCCUCCAAAGCAUUUGAAGGAUGGAUUAUCCCGACAGAGGCACCUCUGUGUCUGCAGCAGUGUGGGGAGCGUCACCUGCACGAGCUCAGCCCGUUUCUGCAGUGACCUGGGGGGACGCACAGAGCUGCUUCCAUCUCCUGUCCUCCCCACCCCAAACCAGAAGCUGGGCUUCCCCAAGUUUUACCUGAAUUUGCUGAUCUGACGCUGUGAGGAAUUUUGAAUUGAGACGAGACUUUUGAAUUAUUUUUGAUGAUGCGGUUUAUUUUUUUAUCUCUACAUAAGUAAGAAGGGUGAGUUGAGCUCACAUCUUCAUAGCACAGCUCAGAAUGUCACAAGACUUCUGGUUACAAAACCUUGUAAAGAUUUAUUAGCCAAUAAAACAUUGUCAA